CGGAGGUGGCCCGGCUCUCAAUCUGAAGUGGCUACCCUGGGAGGACGUUAUUAGAAGGCGCAUGAACCCUGCCAUGGUCGAAGGAGUUCGCGGAGGUGUGGACUCCAGCCGUCCUGCUGGCUUUCCCGAGGAGGAAGAACCGCCCAGAAGACGGAGGAAGGCGGGAGACCAGCCGUCCAAAAGGAGGUCUGAUGACAGACCUGCCCAGAGGACAUCACCUGCGCACAGGACAUCGCCAGCGCACGGACCGUCACCUGUGCAGCAGGCAUCGGCAGCAGCGCGCGGACCAUCAACUGCGCCGCAAGCAUCGCGAGCACACAGAUCGUCACCUGUGCGCCACAGUUCGUCAUCGCGCAGUUGGUCACCUGUGCACCAGACGACGUCAGCGCACAGACUAUCACCUGUGCGCCAGACACCGUCGGCGACCACACCACAAGAUGGGCGCCAAACUACAGCUCCUGCGCGCAGGCCAUCACCAGAUCGUCUUCUCUCCAGGAGCUCUGGGACUGUGACUGAAGAGCCUCAAGACACAACCCUUGUGGACCCAUCACCCGAUCUGUUUGAGUCUACAGGGUUAACUGACGAAACUUUUCUUGGGUUUGAGGACAGCCGUGCAGAUGUAUCCAGCCAGACCCUUGAAAAGUCUUCCGAAACGAGGACAAGUGGAGCUCCUGGAGCAGCGGCAUCACAGGAUGGAGAAGUGGUGCCACGAACCAGCAGCGGACUAGCUUCGGGGAUUGGUUCGUACUUCAGGCUGGAUCUCCUACAGGAGUCGUCAGAGGAUGACGAGGUGGAAGUGCAGGAGGCUCCAGUUACUACAUCCCUGCGUGAGUAA